GGAGGUAUCUUUCUAUGGAGUAAAAUAUUUGUUUCUCUUAUAGUCAUAGUCUAACCAUGAUACUUAAACACUGUUUUAUAAACUUCCUUAUCACAUUCCUCUGGAUUUAUGGAGGAGGAAGUAGACCAGUACAGGAAUCUCUAAGGCCCCGCAGGGUGGAGUUUCAGUCAUUUAAUCUCCAGAAUGUUUUACACUGGCAUCCUGGAAGUGAUUUCACCCCUAACAACACAGUCUAUUUCGUGCAAUACAAAAUUUAUGGACAGAAAGAGUGGACAAACAAAGAGGGAUGCUGGGGCAUUUGUGAGCUCUUUUGUGACCUGACAAACGAAACCUCAGAUGUGCAAGAACCUUAUUAUGGAAGGGUGAAAGCUGCUUCUGCUGGCACGCAUAGUAACUGGAGCAUGACAAAGAGAUUCCUCCCCUGGUGGGAAACAAAAAUAGGACCUCCUUCUAUCCAUGUGAAACAAAGUACCAGAUCAAUACAGUUGAUACUUCAUGCUCCAAAUUCACCCUAUAAAAGUAAAAGAGGAAAAAGCAUAUCAAUACAAAAUUACUAUGAACUAGUAUACCGAGUAUUUACAAUUAAUCAUUCCCUAGAUAUGAAGCAAAAGGUAUAUGAAGGUACCAAUGACAAGGUUGAAAUGGAUAUGAUACCUGGCUCCAGCAACUGUGUAGCUGCAGAAAUAUAUUUGCCUGAACUAGCCCAAAGCAGUAUGAGCACUGAAAUCUGUACCUUCAUGGCUCCAAGAAAUGAUACAGAAGACAGCCCUCUCAGGAAUGCCAACAGCAUGUAAACUGAUGGAAUCUGGUAUUCCAAAAGGUUGCUCUGACUUGAAGAAGGUAGUUACAAAAUCCUAGUAGAAAUGAUCAAGCAAAAUUCAAGGUUGCUAUUUGUCUGUCUUUAUAAAUCCUUACUCUGAUUGCUAAAAAUAUAGAAGUGAAAAUAUGAAAGAAAACAGUUAAUUUUGUCAUUAUCCUGAGAAAUCUUUUUAAUGAAAGAUUUAUCUUUUUAAAGCUCUUAUUUUUA